AUGGAACCUGCACCACAAUCACCAGGAGUGCCCGCAGAAAGCUCAAACGGCGCUUCAAUUGCAAUGCCGGGUCCGGACGCAAUCGAAUCGACGCCUAGCGCUUCACAGCCGGUGGGCCAGACAGAAGUAACACCAUCAACGGCUGCAGCACUCACUGAGGCAGAGCCAGCGCUGCCACCAACUUCAGCAUCCACCGACUCAGCUGCUCUGGAAGCUACCAGCCCGACGGAGGCAGAGCUAGCGCCAGCUGAAGCCGCAGCAGAGCCUGCCGACGCAGUCUCUGAACAGGUCGCUGCACCACUCGCCGAGCCUGCCAUCGAAGCCUCUGCCGAUGAGGCCCAAGCAGUCCUCGACAGCGCCGUUUCAGCACCCCCAACCUCCAGCGGACCAGAGACUGCUUCUGCACACACUACAGGCGAUGGCUCCUUAGCUCCACUUUCAUCCACUGCGCACCAUGUGUCGACAGAUGCUUCGAACGAGCCAGUCCCAUCCGGUACAACGAACCAGGCAAGGGAUACGGCGUCACCAAUCGACCCUGCCACUGUCACAGAAACUACAGGCGCACUUCAGGAUACUACGGCUGAACUCAAUCCCGCCACCGUCUCGGAUGCUGCCUCAGCAAAAGCGCAAGAUGCUCUGUCAUCUGCGGAAGAAGCCGGCUCCACGUUGGCACCAUCAAGUAUAUCCAACAACGAAUCUGUUCAGCCUGCUACCGAACAAAAGGAGACGGUAGCCACAGCAGGAGUUCCAUCUGAUGUCGCUCCAUCUGAUAUCGCCCCUUCUACCAGCGAGGUACCGUCACAGCAAACCACAAGUACCACAGAGCCCACAUCAACGACAGCCGAAGCGGCCACAGAUAAGCCUACCGUUGAGAGCUCCGAUGCUCCCACCGCAUCGACGCAACUGCCACAAACGCAGGACAAUACACCGACCCAGAGCGAUGAGAAAUCCCAGCCACCUAGCACGGAUGUCCCUGCCACAACAGAGAAGAAGGACAGCAGCAAGGACGCAGCUGUUCCUGCUUUAGAUCAGCAGACAGUAUCAAGGGCACAGGCUAACGACAUGGAUCCUCAAAGCUCGUCGUCUUCCAGCAACUCUGUCGCGGCGCCUCCUGCCGUACAAGCUGUUGCUGCGUCGGAAGCUACGACUACCUCGACGCCAGCAACGCCAGAGAAGAAGCCACCCGCCGAUGGUGCCUCUGCAGCGCCAUCGAGCAGCUCCCUACCCACCACACCAGCGCGCGAAGGCCGGGUUGCGCUCAUCCUGCGUAUCAAUAAGGAGCUCAUCCGUCUCUGCGCGGACAUGCAGGCUAAGGAGCUCACCACGGAUCCAGUCUACCGCGAAGCUGCCAUCCGUUUGCAGGCCAACUUAGGCUACCUCGCGAGCAUCGCUGACCAGGCGGGCAAGAGCGUGGAUCCCAGUGCAAGGGCGCCGCCCAAAGGUGCAUUGCCGCGAUUGGAACCUUUUCCUCGCAGCGAGCAUGCUCCCUCAUCGCCACUGCCUGCGCUGUUCGACAGGCUGAUUUCACUAUUCGGUGCGGCGCGUGGAUCGCACUCGCCGUCAGCAGAUGGCAAGAAGCGUUCUCGCGACUCUACUUCUGACCUCGGGAGCGAUGAUGCGAGGAAGCGCGCCGCGAGCAAGAGAAUCGACCGAUCGCCAUCGGCUGCGUCGCUCCAUCAGCAGCAGGCCAGUGCAAACACGGCUGCUGACUCUGUUCAGCCUGUGGAUGCCUCGGCGCUGCCGCAGAGCACCGUCGAGCCCACUUCGACGGCUUCACCUGCCGGUCAACAAAGUCAACAGCAGCAGCAAGUAUCAUCGCUUCAAGGAGCACAGCAGCAGCAGCAGGGCAAAGGCUCUGACCUGUCGUUGGCCCCUCCCGUACCGAUCGCUCCACCAGCUGCGGCUCAAAACAUACCCAACAACCCGCAAGCUCAAGCGCUCAUGCAGGCGUUCGGCCCCAACGCGCUCGUUAACCUGCACGCUCUUCAGUCUCAUCAUCGUGGUCAAGGUACCCACCCAUGGGUCGCAUUCACGGAAGCAAACGUUCCGGGCUUCAAGGGCCUGGCAUUACAGGUGCAAUUGCAACAGAUGACGUCUCUGCAGAAUGCGGCAUUGCAGCGUCAAAAGGUUAUGCAGGGCUCGACUGGGUCAGGUUCAAGUAAUGUGGGCAGUCCGGCGACGAUGCAGCAAUCACAGCAGAUGAUGGCGAAUGGAGGUGUGGGCGGCGCGUCGAGUCCAGCAACGACGCGGCCGGCGAGUCGGCAUUCGGACAGUCCGGGACAGGCGCAGGCGAGUCCGUCUGCGAGCGCGUUUGGCGGCGGCAAUGUUCCUGGAAGGGCGGGUACACCUCUGGGCGGACAAGGAGCGUUCCCGGCAAGGCCGGGCAGUUCGGGGUCCGUGGGCAGCAUGACGAGCGCAGGCGGCGGCGGCGGUAGUGGUGGACGUACUCGCACCGGGUCGUCGAAUCUAGGGUUUGACCCUUCGCAGCUGCAAUCUGCUCCCAGCCCAGCAACGAUGGCCUCCAUGGGUGAUUUUGCGGCGCAGCAGCAGCAGCAACAGCCGAACUUUGGGUUUCAACCUCCCGGGUUGCAGCAAGGAUCGCCCGCGGCAGCUGGGUCGCCGACACCGCAGCAGACUCUGCAGCAACAACAACUGCAGCAGCAGAUGGGACUGUCGGGCAUGCCCAACUUCCAGAAUUUACCGCCUCACUUGCAGCAGCAGAUUCGUCAGCAGUACAUGGCACACAUGCAGGCACAGGCGCAGGCUCAGGGCGCCAAUCCGCAGCAGCAGUUCUUCCAGUCGCCACAAUGA